UGUAAGAGUGUCCUUUACCAUGAACAGAUGGUGGAGAAUGGAAUAACUGAUCAGUCUUUAGAAUGUACUGUAUCAAGUCUGCAGUCUCCAAGAAUGUCACAGUCUUCACUCCUCGUAAAAACCUCCUAGCAGUGAAAGGGCAGUGUUUCUGGACAACAAGCAAGGAUCCGCCGACUAACUAUGAGAUACUUGGAGUGAAGAAGGAUGCUACUAGUAAAGAAAUCAAAGAUGCCUACUUUGAAUUGUGUAAAACAAUGCACCCAGACAGUAACAGCGGAACAAAAGAUGUUCAGAACUUUGUGGAGUUGAACAAAGCUUAUAACGUUCUGAUAAAUGAGAGGAAAAGGUCCAGAUAUGACAAGAAGUUAAAGGGGGAGGAGUUUUAUAAUCAAGGUUUGUCCAGUGAGGAGACCAAAGACACUGUUGUUUAUGCUCCAUAUAUAAGGAUUUUCAUUUUGAUUGUGUAUGUGAUUGGAUUAACCCAAUUUGGUAAAAAACAGAAUUUUAAUGUCCGAAGUGAAUGGAGAAAUUCAGAACAAUCCAAGUGACAAUCUUCCUUUAUGAAUCAAUGAACUCUUAAAAUAAUUACAAUUAGUUUAUGUGAACAUAAUUACAAUCUUUUUACGUGGAAGUAAAUACAAAUUGUUUAUGUGAGAGUAAGUGAUUUGUUUAUGCAAGAGUAAUUAUGUCUUUAUGUGUAAUUAUUUAUGUGAGAGUAAUUUCUGUUACUUUUUGUGUGUGAGAGUAAUUACAAUUUGUUUAUGAGAGUAAUUAGGAUUUGUUUAUGUGAGAGUAAUUACGAUUUGUCUUACUGAUGUUGACUUUUAUAUGUGAAUUUGUGUAUGAUUUCGUAGAAAUUAUGCAUAUACAUGUAUAAUUUAUUUUUAUAUGUGAUGAUGUCAACAAAAUUGUCCUUUAAAAGACUGUUGAAUUAAAACAAACAAACAUU